CCCUCGGCAUCGCCACCUCAUCGACGCCUCGAAGCCGAACCCUCGGCAAGGAACAAUACCUAACCCUAGCUCGUCCGCCAUGGCCAGGGAGGCGUCGUCGUCCUCCGCGCCGGGCCCCUCGGAGUUGCCGCCGGCCGCUGGUGGCAGCGGCAGCGGAAGCGGCGGGGACACGCCGCGAGUGCAGCGGCGACCCUCCCGCGGGGACCCGCUCCUCAUCGUGUGCGGCUGCUUCAGCGUCGUCACGGCCGCCACCGCUUUGCUCUGCGUCGCUGUCAACGUCCUCUCCGCCGUCCAGUCCUUCCGCCGCAACGGCGGCUACAUAUUCGGGGGCAUAUUCCGCUGCUAUGCGGUGGUGAUCUCGCUGUUCGUGGCCGUCCUCGAGACCGAGUGGGGAUUCAUCAUCAAAUUCUGCAAGAUAUUGGAAUACUGGCCUGCAAGGGGGAUGCUACAGAUAUUUGUUGCUGUCAUGACGAAGGCAUACCCAAACGUUGAAAGGAGCGAUCUGAUUUUGCUUCAGGACAUUGCCAGCUAUCUGCUCCUUGCAUGUGGACUAAUCUAUGUAAUCUCGGGGGUAUUAUGUCUUGGUGUACUAAAGCGUUCUAGGCAGCAGAAAGCAACGUCACGAGAGCAAGCAGCAAAAGAUCUGCAGGAGCUGGAGAAGCGGAGAGAGGAACUCGAGGCACUGUUAAUUGCUGAGAGGUCCGAAUUGGUCUGAUGAAUCUGAGCUUGACGAUCUAACAUUUCUCACGUGGUGUAAAUAGAUUGUUGCUCCUGCUAAUUGCAUACUGCUUUUCACGGUCAUCGAUUUGUCACCCGAGGCAUUUUUGUUGGGAGUGCCCCCCUUUUCCUGUGUUCCAAUUUUCGUCUAGAUUUCUGCUGAAUUUGGUUUCUGGUGAGCGUUUUCGUGGAUGCAUGGAUCAAGCGGGAUUGUGUUGUCAUAGUUGUGUUGGAUUUAUGUCAAUGACGUAGGCCUCAAAAUGUACCAUGCUGACAUGGUGUGUGUUUGUUGUCUCUGUAGUCUUUGUCUGAACCGUGGAUGCUAAAUAAUUUCUUGGAUUUUGUGUAAUAGAGGGUCCAUGCUUGGUUAACUUCUGAGAUUUGAAUUCAUGUGGGUUGGUUUAAGCAAUUUAGAGUCGGGAUUCUUGA